AAAGAAACCACUCUCCAAAACUCUCUGUCUCGGACAUCCUUUGUUCUCUCUUCUCCUCUGAGGCGUGGAAUUUGGCUUUCAUUACUGUCUCUCUCUAAAGCAUCAAGCACUCAUCAAUACUCAUGUCUCCUUUCUUUCUUCCUCUUUCCUCUUAUGUCCUCCCACAGUGAUUUCCAAACACACCACUCCUACAUACAGUCUUUUGUUUUUUGGAAAUAUAGCCAUGGUCUUGUCCUUUCUCACAAUCAUUUCUUUCUCCUCAUAAUUCUCCUUACUGGAGCUUUUCACACUUCCACUAUUUGAAGCAGACAACAAAGGCCAAGUAAUUGAUACCAUCCAAAAUCCCCUGUUUCACCCCCUCUCUGUUUUUUCUCCUCUGUUCUCUAUAAAGAAAAACAGAAUGGACAAGUGGGACAAUAAACCCUCAAGAAAACAGCACCACAGAGAAAACCCUUCAUUCUCUUCCACUCUUCUUGACGUUAUCUACCGUUCCAUCGACGAAGAUCCAACGGAGGAGAAGGAAGAAGCCCAACUCAUCUUCUACAGAGAAACCAUGAGGAAGCAGAAACAGGGCAAUUGUUUCAGAGAAGAAAAACCCGAAGCUGAGAAGCACAACUCUCGCAGGGCCAGGAAGGUGGAGAAUUGGAUGGAGAAGAGAGCCAGCGAGAAGGUUCUCAUGGGGAGAAACUCACUGACGGAAUUUGAAAGAAGAACGCGAAGCAAUUCAAUUUCAAACACACUCUCCAUGUAUUCAAGCUCAACCUCCUCUGAGUCUAGCUCUGUUGGAGGGUUCUCUUCUUCAGAGUCAGAGUCCUUCUAUUAUGGAGUGCAAAGGCCAAAGCCAAUUAAAACCAGUGUUUCUGAUAAAACCAAAACCAAAACCAACUUCGAUGCUUCACUCCACAGUCACAACUUCAGGAGCCACUCUUCCCAAAGCCAAAAGCCAAAGCAUGAGAACGGUUUUGGCAAAACCAAGUCCAAAGCCUUGAAAAUCCUCUAUGGUGAGUUGAAGAAAGCAAAGCAACCAAUUUCACCUGGUGCAAAACUUGCUAGCUUCCUCAACUCUCUCUUCACUUCAACUGGAAAUGCCAAGAAAGCAAAGGUUUCAACAACAACAACAUCUACUUAUCGUCCCGUCCUGAUCCCGAUUGCGACAGAUCGUGUUGCUGAUACUAAAUCAGUAUCAGCAGCACAACAACAACCUGGUUCCACUUGUUCAUCAGCAUCUUCUUUUUCAAGGUCUUGUUUGAGCAAAACCCCUUCUUCAAGAUCAGGUGCAAAAAGGUCUGUGAGGUUUUGUCCUGUGAGUGUGAUAGUGGAUGAAGAUUGCAGGCCUUGUGGUCACAAGAAUCUUCAUGAAGGUGAAGAGAGUUUGGUGGAUUCCCGUGGAAAGAACAGAAGUGAGGAACUUAGGCUGCAUGUCAUGCAGGAGAGUCGCAGGGUGGAGGAGUUAGCAAGAGACUUGUUGAAGAAUUAUCAGAAAAAGAGUGAAGUGGAGUUUGAUGAUGUCAUGCAUUAUGAAGAUGAAGAAGAAGAAGAUGAUGAUGAUGUGGCUAGUUGUGCAAGUUCUGAUCUUUUUGAGUUGGAUAAUCUAUCAGCUAUUGGGAUUGAGAGGUAUAGGGAAGAGUUGCCUGUGUACGAAACUACCCAUUUCAAUACCAAUAGAGCCAUUGCCAAUGGUUUCAUUCUGUAAUUUUGAGGGGGGCAAAAGCGGGGUUACUUUUUAAUUAGAAUUAAAUGGUGUCGGGGUUUACAUCAGAUAAUAAGAUUUCUCCUUUUUUUUUUUUUGGUUUUAUUGGGACCUUAAUCUAAUUCUAUUUUCUUAA